AAGAUGUGAUUUACAGUGUUGUGAGGGCUUUAGGAAAGUCUUUUGCACAAAAGUGUAAUGAAGUCUGACUGUAAUGCUGUGGUUUUGUUGGCUAAAUUACAAAAGCAUUGCACACGUAAAUAUUAGGCUUUAUAUGCAAAUGUCCCACAUCUGAAAUUCGUUUUGGUUUCAUUAUGAACAUUUCAUGUUACACCUGCUCAACGACAUCACAUCAUUUAAAGCGAAGUAGAAGUUGGACAUCACUGACAUUGUGCCAGCGAACCCGAAGCAGCAUCAAGAGCAGAAAUCAGCCAAACGGACGCAUAGUCAGAGAACUGCGGAGUCGAGGAAACAGCUGAAUGAUGAGUGCUGCUCAGAGUCCGACAACACUGGAGACCAGACUGAAGGCCCUGCAGUGCCACUUCACCUGGGAUCUGGACCCUGGCAGGUCCGAACUUUUCCGACUCAGGGACAAGCUGGAGGACAUCGGCACCGAGGAGGGAAACAGCUGGCUGGGUCACAUUUACAACCUGCGGGGGUUCAUUCAGGACAAGCUGGAGGACAUCGGCACCGAGGAGGGAAACAGCUGGCUGGGUCACAUUUACAACCUGCGGGGGUUUAUUCAGUACAAGCUGGGGUUCACCGAAGACGCCCAGAGUUUGUUCAGCAGGGCUGCAGAGGCCUUCCGCCAGAUGAGAAACACAGAUGAGGGCCCCUGGUUAGUGGUGAACUACGGGAACCUGGCUUGGCUGCACCACCACCUGGGAGAACAAGCAGAGAGUCAGGCUUACCUGUCGAAGGUCGACGCCCUGAUGAAUACAUACCCAUCUCCAUCCCAGGACGAGCUCCAUCCAGAGAUCUACGUGGAAAAAGCCUGGACCCUGAUGAAGUGCAUCAAAGACAAAGAGGCUGCAGAUUACUUCGAGAGAGCCAUCAGGAUGCAGCCAGACAUGGUGGAGUGGCACACCAGCCAUAUGUUAGCAUUAGGCAGUCCCUUUAAUUUCAGCAACAAAGAGCUGGAAGCUAACGUCUUGGAGAAAAUGAGAAUCGCCAAGGAGCAGGAUCCAGAGAGCUUGCACCUCGCAGUUCACUACCUUGAGCAAUGUGCUAAGAAAGGAGAAAGAAUCAAAGAUGAAGCGCGUGAGUUAGGCAGACAGGUUUUGAGAAAUCCCGUCAUCAGCUGCAGCGGUAUGAAAGCAUUACUAUGGGUUUACAAGAAAUAUGUAUCUGUUGAUGAGGCCAUUGAUUUGGCAGAGGAGGCUCUGGAAAACCAUCCAGAUGUACGUUAUCUGAAGUCAUGUGUUGCACUCUGCUACAAAUGGAAGAUCACAUCUUCCGAGGAAAGUCGCCCAGAAAAAAGCGUGAUAGACAGAGCAAUCAGUCUCCAUAAGGAGGUGAUUUCUCUUUACCCUCAUUCUUCAUUUGAUAAGAAAAUAGACCUCGCAAAUAUAUACGCAAAGUCAAAUCUGGAUAAAGCUGAUGGGAUGUACCAGGAACUGCUAAAAAGCGACCUGGAACCUAAAGACAAACAGAUGCUUUACAACAACUAUGCAAUAUAUUUAAACUUCUAUCGGCAGGAUCGUGACAGGUCAAUAACAUAUCACAUGAAGGUGGUUGAGAUACCACAACAAUCCUUCUAUCGUAAGAGCAGCAUCAGAGUUCUGAAGAAGAUUAAAGAAAAAGGCAGGAACCAAAGGUGUAGAGAAAUAGAGGAGUUUCUGGCGAACCUGCAAAAGCCAUAGAGUUUUUAACAGAACUGGUUCUAAAUCCAGAAAGAAAUGUAGGUAUCCCCUUUACCUAAAAAAAUCUUUAAUUACUCAUUAAUUUGAUUACAUACACAUUAGGAAAACUUGUGGAAAAUAUUUGUGGAAAUUGUGGAAAAGAUUACUUCUUAAAAUAAAAUAAAAAUGGAAGUGAGAAACUUAACAGUGAAGACCCACUGAUCACAGUGACAUUAAGUCAAGUUUGGCCCAGAUUUACUUCACCCUGCAAGUGAAUCCUCUGAGGGUGAUUCCAUUGAAACUAACUAUACAUUUGCACCGAGAAACUGUCAGCAGUAGUGUACUCGAUCUGUAUGAAACUGAAUCAUUCAGUAACACUGGCGUGGUCCUUUAAAUAACAUCCACUGUGGACAUGUUCAAAUGUCAUUACAUAAUUCAGUAAAUUACAUUAUUAGUUCAAAUAGAUUUUGAUCAGAUGUUCCUUUUCUUAACUUACAUGUAACCGUGGUGUUUACUAUAUUCCUGCUGUGUUUAUUAUUUUCCUUAGCACUGUAUUUUAGGUUUGUAUGAGAACAUUAUACACUCUGUAUAAAAUUUGCUUUGCUGUAAGCUUUGGAGUGGUGACAUAUAAACCUCUCUGAUUGGUAAUGUAAUAGUUACUUUGAUGUAUAACCUGAAUAUUAUCGCCAGAUUCAACUGAUUGUAUUCUUAGAAAGUAUGUUGAGCUGUGUCUCAGUUGUACACAAUACUAAUACUAUUAAAUAUACAUGAUGUACACUAAAAA